AGUCUUGGAGCCUCUGGCCAGGUCUCUGCUGUAGCUGGGGGCUUCAGGGCCCAGUUCCCCUCACUGGGGGCCAAACGUCCCCUCCAGGUCCUCCAACCCCGACUCCCAGGUAGCAGCUGCCAGAUUUCCCCAGAAACACAGAAAAGUAUUGGGCCUCACCAGAGACCUGGGUGUGGAGGCCUGGGGCAGCCCCGUCCAGUCACUGCCACACAGGCACGUGCCACUCAUGCACAUCAACGUCAGGCUCUGGCAGAGCCGGCCUGGCUGUGUGUGCCUCACGCAGAGCCCAAGACCUGGACUCAGGACCAGGCAGGGGUGGGUGGGAGCGCAAAGCCACUUCUGGGAGCUCACAUUUUUUAUGUGUGUAGAGUUGCUGAGCCUCUGGGCACAGGGUUAGGGGGCUGAUGGGGACGGUCCUUGCGGGGCUAAGCUGCACACCCCGCAGAGCUGGGCAGGCAGGGGCAAGGGCAGUGAGGACCCAGGAGAGCAGUGGCCAGCGCAACCCCCUCCAGACUCCCAAGAGAGGCGAGUGGAGAGAAAACCCACCGUGGGACCCCGGGAGGGAGGCAGCAGCUGACAGCCUGCCAGGCGCUGGGAGGGGUGUGGAAGGGGCUCCCAGGGCCCCGCUCAGCCCCUCCGGUCCCCGCAGGCUAAAUGAGCCCCGCCACCUGGGGUGGGAGGUGCGGAGCCCAGGGAUUAGUCAUCCCGGCCCUGCGGAGUGUGCAGGGGGUGGGCCCUCCCGUCCCUCCGCCGCCCAGAGCCGAGUGGGCGCGGGGCGGGGCCUGCAGGGGCGCGGGCGGGGCGCUGGCGGGGAGCCUGCGGCGGAGCCAAUGAGAAACGGGGCUCGGCGAGCCGGCCGCCCACGGGCCGCGCUGGCGGCAUAAAGAGCCUGCGGCCGGGGCUCAGCGCAGAGCUCGGGCGCCGCGUCCUCCCUCCGCAGCCGAGCGGGACCUGCCUCUCGGGGCGCGCUUCGCCAGCCCCACGCCGGCCCGCAGCGACAGUCAGGCGCUCCCCGCAGCUCCGCACGGGACCCAGGCCACCGGGCUCCGCCGCCGGACCCUGCGCCCUCCACCCCGUCGGCCCCGACGAGUUUGCGCCCCUUCGAGCGCCGGCCUCUGCGCGCUGAUGGAGCUGGACCACCGGACCAGCGGCGGGCUCCACGCCUACCCCGGGCCGCGGGGCGGGCCGGCGGCCAAGCCCAACGUGAUCCUGCAGAUCGGGAAGUGCCGGGCCGAGAUGCUGGAGCACGUGCGGCGGACGCACCGGCACCUGCUGACCGAGGUGUCCAAGCAGGUGGAGCGCGAGCUGAAGGGGCUGCACCGCUCGGUGGGGAAGCUGGAGAGCAACCUGGACGGCUACGUGCCCACGGGCGACUCGCAGCGCUGGAAGAAGUCCAUCAAGGCCUGCCUGUGCCGCUGCCAGGAGACCAUCGCCAACCUGGAGCGCUGGGUCAAGCGCGAGAUGCACGUGUGGCGCGAGGUGUUCUACCGCCUGGAGCGCUGGGCCGACCGCCUGGAGUCCAUGGGGGGCAAGUACCCGGUGGGCGGCGAGCCGGCCCGCCACACUGUCUCCGUGGGCGUGGGGGGUCCCGAGAGCUACUGCCAGGAGGCGGACGGCUACGACUACACCGUCAGCCCCUACGCCAUCACCCCACCCCCGGCCACCGGUGAGCUGCCUGGCCAGGAGCCCGCCGAGGCCCAGCAGUACCAGGCGUGGGUCCCCGGCGAGGAUGGGCAGCCCGGCCCCGGCGUGGACACGCAGAUCUUCGAGGACCCCCGGGAGUUCCUGAGCCACCUGGAGGAGUACCUGCGGCAGGUGGGCGGCUCGGAGGAGUACUGGCUGUCCCAGAUCCAGAACCACAUGAAUGGGCCGGCCAAGAAGUGGUGGGAGUUCAAGCAGGGCUCGGUGAAGAACUGGGUGGAGUUCAAGAAGGAGUUCCUGCAGUACAGCGAGGGCACGCUGUCCCGGGAGGCCAUCCAGCGGGAACUAGACCUGCCCCAGAAGCAGGGCGAGCCCCUGGACCAGUUCCUGUGGCGCAAACGCGACCUGUACCAGACGCUGUAUGUGGACGCCGACGAGGAGGAGAUCAUCCAGUACGUGGUGGGCACCCUGCAGCCCAAGCUCAAGAGGUUCCUGCGCCACCCGCUGCCCAAGACCCUGGAGCAGCUCAUCCAGCGGGGCAUGGAGGUGCAGGACGACUUGGAGCAGGCGGCCGAGCCGGCUGGCCCUGGCCCCCACGUCCCUGCCGAGGACGAGGCUGAGACCCUCACGCCCGCCCCCAACAGCGAGUCUGUGACCAGUGACCGGACCCAGCCUGAGUAGAGGGCAGCCUGGAGCCCCCAGCCUGCCCAUCACAUCCAGCCUGUGGCUUUGCCCACCAGGACUUUUGAGCUGGGGCUGACUCCUGCAGGGGAAGCCCUGGUCCAGCUGGGUGCCCCCUCGGGCUCCGGCCCGACUUGCACCCACUUGUGUCAUCCAGAUGUGGGCACCGCACCCAGCAGCAAAGAGCCCUCCCCCCUGCAGGGCUCCGCCCAGCCCCUUCCCUCCGUCUGUCUUCCCGGCCUGGACCCCACCCUCCACACACUCGGACCAUCACACAACACCCCGGCUUCCUCAAUCUGCUACAACGCCCAGGCCCUCUGAACAUCCAGAAAACCAAGUGUCGGGAUGGCAGGGGCCAGCGGCCACCAAGCUCAUGGGACACCCCAUAGCAGGAGCUAGGGCAGAGCCAGUGCUGAGGGAGCUUCGACUUCCGGCGCCGCCGCCCUCUCCCGGCAUCCCCAGAGCCAGCAGACGCCCUCCCUGCCUCCCAGGGCAGCUGGCCAGCCUCGGGCAGAGCGGCCCCCUCCUCCCAGGGGAGAGCGGAAGUCACAAACGCAGCAGCAGCAGACCUGAUGUCCUGGUGCCUCCUGGCCCCACAGCUCCGGUGAUUCACACCCGCCUGGAGAAGAAUCAGAGCUCAGCUCAUGACUCAGCUGUGGCAGGCGGAGGGUCCCAGAGGGGCUGAGUCCUCAAAUCCGGCUGAGGCAGCAGCCGGCACCCUCGGAGCCAGGAGAGUGACAGCAGGUCUCAAGGUUCCCACGAAGUCUUUGCUGCUGUGCUGGGCACCACCCACCCCUCACCUUGCAGGCUGCCCGCAUGGGAGGCAAAGCUCCAGGACAGCCCAGAGCGGGGCUACAGAGAGGAGUCGCUGCGGCAGAGGGCAAGAGCCCAGCUUAGCCCUGAGCGCCAGCAUGAGGGCCAGGGCCUGCCGCUAAGCCCGCCCCGCUGGCCGCCAGCUGCCCGCCCCCAGAGCCACUGCAGCAGGAGUCGGGGUCCUGCCUCCCGCCCAGCAGGGAACCCCCGCCCGCUGCCAAGCCAUCCUCUCUGCCAGAGGCUUUCAUGAGCCCCAAGGCUGGGCCCACCGCCCCUACUCCUGCCCAGGAACCCUGAGCCCAGAGCCCAGCUGCAGGGAGGUUGCUCCUGGGGCUCUUCCAGGCCUUCCGCCCCGCCCCGACACCAGCACCCUGGUGCUGGCGGGCCGCUGGCAUCUGCAGCCUGAGCAGGCGCUGGCCAGGGCUCGUCGUCUGCCUCGUCCGCUGGGGAACUAGCCCUCGACCACUCUGACAAGUCUUCAGCCCACACCCUGCCAGCCCCACAGAUGUUACUUUUACACAUAAGCCAUAACCAGCCCGCACAGGUUUUGGGGGAGCCCUGGAGCCUGUGGAGACCCUGGAAACCUCACGAGGGUGCGGCCAGCCCUGCCCCCUGCCCCACACAGACCAGGCCUUACAUGUCCGUCCAGGCCCUGUGCACCUUACCCCAAAGACAGACUCGUUUUGUAAGAUUUUGUUAAUAAAACGCUGAAACUUC